ACAAUCCUGUUGUAUGUGAGUGUGUCAGGACCCCAUGGUGGAGAAGAGUCUGACGUGUCUGAAGGCAGCAGUGUCUGACCAGCUGGAGAACACCUACACCAUGGCCCUGCUGUCCUACACCUUCACCCUGGCCCAAAACCAGGUCAUGAGGGCCAAGCUCAUCACCAACCUGGACAAGAUAGCUGCUACCUCAGGUGGCAAUCGUCACUGGGAGAGACCAGAGGCUUCUGGGACAAAGACGGACUCUCUGGAGGUGGAGAUGACAUCCUAUGUGCUGCUGGCGCUGCUCUCCGGUCCCACCAUGCCAGGCUUUGGGCUGGACUACUCCACUGGCAUCGUCCGCUGGCUGGCCCAGCAGCAGAACCCCUACGGAGGCUUUGCCUCCACACAGGACACAGUGUUAGCACUGCAGGCCCUGGCCAAGUACGGUGCUGCCACCUUCAGUCCAGAGGGCGCCAGUACAGUCAGUGUGAACUCGGCCGGAGGCCUGAAGAUGGAGUUCACUGUGAAUCAGAACAACAGGCUGCUCUAUCAGGAGGAGCAGCUGAGGGAGGUCCCUGGAGACUACAACAUCAAGGCAAAGGGCAAGAGCUGCGUGUUUGUGCAGCAAGUCUAA